CCGUCGAGGCCCCGCCCCCGAAGCAGCUGCGUCGCGCGUCGUGGGCGUGGCUGGGGGAUCGCCGCGAGCGGAGGACACUCUGUGUCCUUGCGCGGAGAGGGAAGGUGACUCCGGCCGAAGAGGAGGACGCAGAAUGAGGGCCCUGCGGGUCUCCCAGGCGUUGAUUCGCUCCUUCGGCUCCACCGCCCGGCACCGCUUCCAGAACCGAGUGGCGGAGAAACAGAAACUCUUCCAGGCGGACAAUGACCUCCCGGUGCAUUUGAAGGGCGGAGGAACCGACAACAUCCUAUACCGACUGACUAUGGGGCUGUGUCUGGGGGGCUCCGCGUACAGCCUCUACUGCCUUGGCUGGGCCUCCUACCCCCACAACAAGUGAGACCAAGCAGCUCGGACAUGGGGGACUUGGGCAAGUCUCAGUAAAUACACCAGCUUCUUGGGGAACCCA